CCCAUUCCUCUGUUUCACUGGAAAGUGGAAACCCUCGACACUGCCAAAUUGGUCCCUCUUCUCCUCUCCAAGGAAUUCUCAAUUCCCUACCAAACCCUCUAAAAAUUUCACCAUCUCUCUCUCUCUCUCUCUCUCUCUCUCUGUCUCUGUCUCUUCAAGAAAAUCCAGUGUCUCUUUUGCAGUUUUGCCCCAAAAGUCCAAAACCCCAAGAACAGUGUAACACCCACUAGAAACCUGCUGAACUUCGUUUUUUAUUAUUUAUUUUUAAAAAUUUAUCAGAAUUAUAGUAUCCAUGUUUCGUAUUAUCGAAUGAUGUUGUCUUAAAUCUUAAUGUAUUUCUGCAGUUUUACCCUACUCAUAAAAUAAGGAGUAUUAACAGCAAUAUUUUUUAUUUUUAUUUUAUUACAAAUUACAAAUUUUCGCGAUAAUUUCUGAAACCCUUUGCCGAAAAAGCUCUGUUUCUUGUUCUUGCAAUAGAAAAGAGUCCUUCUUUUCUCAAUGCGACCUCAUGAUCUCUCUGCUAAACCCUCCGUAGACAAUCCCCUCUCUGAUCUCGCCAUGUCCGGUUCAUCCCCGAUCCAACAGAAUCCCGGUGACAAGACUGCUAACAGUAACCACAGUAAUAGCAAGCUAAGUAAACGGAACAGUGACUGUAGUAACAACAAUUUUGUAGUUAGGAGAGAGAGGCCGGCGAGGGAGUGCACGAAACGCGCUGCCGCGAGGCUGCAGGCGGCUGCUGCUGCCGAGGCGGAGGCCGCAGUGAGGCAGCGUAAGAAGAAGACUUCAGCUAGGAAGGAGAGGUUGGCUGCUAGGCUGCUCAGGGAGGAGGAGGAUGAGGAGGAGGAAUAUGAGGAUGAGAAGAUGAAUGGGGGCGAGGAAGAGGAAGAGGAGGAUGGGUUGUCCAAGUCGUCUAAGCAGCAGUGUAGUAAGAUAGUUACUCCUUUGGUUGCAGAGCCGGAGGCAUCACAGUUGCCACGGUGGAAGCUCCGGUCCAUGUGGCAGUUAGCUUCCAUACUGAAUUUCUUGAAUAUUUUCAGGCCGUUGUUGAACAUUAAAGUGGAGUUCUCAGUUGAGGAAUUUGAAACAGCAUUGAUCAUGCCAAAUAGUACACUAGCUGAUAUACACAUGCCACUAUUGAAGGCAAUCCCUCCUGUUGCACGAGUGGCGCUUGGAUACAAUACUUGGGUAACUGUUUUGUGCAGAAAAUUAAGAGAUUGGUGGCACUGGGUUGCAGAGGGGGAAUUACCUAUCGUAGCAUCACAUGGGGCUGAAAUUGAUGCAUACAGUGCACUUGAUCCUGCUGUUCGUGUGGUUAUUCUGAAAGCAUUAUGUGACAUUCGUGUUGAGCAAGAGGAUAUUCGUAACUAUAUUGAUAACUCAUUAAAACAAGGCGUUCAACUUUCUGUGUUUCGCAAAGAACGAAUCGGAGGUGAUUCACAUGGAAUCUCUUAUUGGUAUGAAGAUGAUCCCAUCAUUGGUCAUCGAUUAUACCGUGAGAUCAGAAAAGUUGAGGCGAAGAAAGGAAAGGGGAAAAAUGUUCAGCCUAUUGAUAACUCAUGUUACCAGUGGGAAACUGCUGCGACUAAUUUGGAUGAAUUCCAGGAUGUCUCUGAGAAGCUAUUUGUAAGUAGCAAUAGAACCGAGGUUUCUGUUGGGAAAAAGUUGAAAAAUAACAUGCUUCAUGAGAUUGAGAAGGUCCACAAGAGAAAAGAGAAAUUGUUGAAGAAACAGCACAGACAAGCUUUGUUGCUUGACAGUAUGAUGAAUAUUGAUGGUUUUACUGCUGGACGUUCCCUUCGUGGUAGAAAGCCCGUGACCUAUAGUUUUGAUGAUUAUGAUCGAUCAAUUAAUGAGGCUAUCAAAGUAACCACAGAGAAACAGCCAUCCCCUGUGAAACGUGAAGCUCCUGCAAAUGGUAUAUCGAGAGGUCCUCAAUUUCGACACGUGUCCUUCAAAGUACGGUCACCUAAGUCACCCGAGUAUGAUGAAUACGAUGAUGACUACGACAAAGCUGAGCCAUUGGAUCGCGGCAACCGACGAAGGCAGAGACCCCAACGCUAUUCUGCAAAAGAGUUUGUUGAAGCUGUAUCUGAUAACGAGACGGAAUUCAACAGCGAUGAUGAUAUAGUUGGUGAAGUAGUGUACGAUGACGAAUAUUUAAGGAGACGAAAACAGCGGCGUAUGGCUUCUAGUAGCUCGGAAGGCGAUGAAGAGUACAAAUGGGAUGAAGAAAAUCCCGAAGAAGAAGAAGAAGAAGAGGAGGAGGAGGAGGAUGGAGAUGACUCCUUUAGUGCCAGCGAGGACAGCGGGGAGCACCGAAGACUAAAAAGAUUACGGGUGGGCCGCACUCGAAGAGAAACUAAACUGAGGUCUGCCGGUGAGCUUCAAUCAGGUUUGAGGCGUAGUAGAAGGGCAACUAGAAACAGUAUCGAUUAUAGACAGUAUGAGCUGUCAGAAUCGGAGACAGAGCCAAUGAAACCUGAGAAGUCGAACUCUUCAGAUGAUUAUGAUUAUAAUAACGUUGAAUUUUCAACCGGAAGUACCGAGUCUGUGGAGAACAGUGAUAAUCAGGACGGGAAAGCCAAUCAAUCUGUUAAUGUGGCAACCGGGACUGCGUCAGAGCAAGCAAAUGCACCCGAUUAUAGACAGUAUGAGCUGUCAGAAUCAGAGAUGGAGCCAGUGAAACCCGAGAAGUCGAACUCUUCAGAGGAGUACUAUAAUGGUCUUGAUUAUAAUAAUAACGCUGAAUUUUCAACCGGAAGUACCGAGUCCGAGGAAAACAACGAUAAUCAGGACGGGAAAGCCGAUCAAUCUGUUAAUGUGGCGACCGGGACUACAUCAGAGCAAGCAAAUGCACCCGAAAUAUCAAAUAGCACAGAUCAAGACGAAGUUGAAGGCGGAGGAAGAAAGAGGCGCUUUCUUGAUCUCAAUGAGCUCGCCCCGGGCUCGGGUUUCGAUGACGGUCCAAGUUCAGAAUUGAAAGACAACAGUGCAGAUGGCUUCUAAUGUUUCCCCAUUCUACGGGUAUUCAACUUAUAAAAUUUUCACGAGUCCACUCUAUGGCAGUCGAUAAGUAAAAAUCUCUCUUGGCAACUUUUAGUCAGCUGCCCGGUAUACUGUUUACUCACGUUUCGUGCUUGUAGCAAUGCACCAUAGAAUUUUAGAUUAUAGUAACGUGCUUUUCGUGCAUCUACAUUCAACCAAUGGAAUGUGGGUGGGAAAUUAGUUGGGCCUCGGGAGUUGUUACUCUUAUCAAGUUGGUGUACAAUAUAGCCUUUCAACUAAUACUGUAACAAAAAUAUAUAGCUUUUUUAGAUUCUCAAAAGUCCUUUUUCUUUUGCCUCCCUAUAUGGUAUAAUAGCUUUUGUUUGGCUUUUUGGA